CUCUACCAGACCACCCCCAUGUCCAAAUUUGACUGGAUUCGAGCGGGCCACACUAUAUUAUCCCCGGUCCCGGUGGGUUUGUUUGCAGGGCGGCAGAGCAGAGGCACAACAUCAGACCAACCCAAAACCAUUUCGUACUAGCUAGAAGAGUGAAGUGAAGCGAUGAAGAAGACCGUGGUCCUGUACCCUGGCCUCGGCGUCGGCCACCUGGUGCCGAUGGUCGAGGUUGCCAAGCUGUUCCUCAAGCACGGCCUGGCCGUCACCUUGGCGCUCGUCGAGCCGCAGGUCAAGUCCACGGACUUCUCCGCCGCGGUCGCCCGCGCGAGGGCCUCCAACCCCUCCGUCGACUUCCACGUCCUGCCGUCGCCGCCCGCCGAUUCCAACCCCGACAGCGGGCCCAGGCACCACGUCGUCAAGGUUAUCCAAUCGCUCGCCGCCAUGAACGCGCCCCUCCGCGACUUCCUCCGCUCGCUGCCCGCCGUCCACGCGCUCGUCCUCGACAUGUUCUGCGUCGACGCCCAGGACGUCGCAGCCGAGCUCAAGCUGCCGGUCUACUACUCGUUCGCCUCCGCUGCCGGCGACCUCGCCAUCUUCCUCAACCUGCCGAGCAAGUUCGCCAGCAAUACGGCCAAGGUAAAAGAGCUCGGCGACUCCAUCAUCACCUUCCCGGGUGUUCCUCCUUUCAAGGCUUCGGAGCUGCCGUCCGAAGUUAUCGCCGACGAUGAAGCACUCGUGUACGUCUUACGCAUGUUUCAGCGAAUGGCGGAGGCGAAAGGAAUUCUUAUAAAUUCCUUCGACUCGCUGGAAAAGCCCGCACUGAGCGCUCUCAGCGAAGGACUUUGCGUCCCUGGUCGUGCGACGCCGCCGGUCUACUGCAUCGGGCCGUUGGUCUCUGGAGGCGGAGACAAGGAGCACGAGUGCCUCCGCUGGCUGGACGCGCAGCCGGACCAGAGCGUAGUGUUCCUCUCCUUCGGCAGCCUGGGCACAUUCACCAGUAAGCAGCUAGAGGAAAUUGCAAUUGGUUUGGAGAAGUCAGGGGAGAGGUUCCUGUGGGUUGUGCGGAGCCCGCGCAGUCCCGACCAGAAGCACGGGGAUCCGCUGCCGGAGCCUGACCUCGAGGCGCUCAUGCCGGAAGGGUUCUUGGAGAAGACCAAGGACAGAGGGCUCGUGGUGAAGUCUUGGGCGCCGCAGGUGGAGGUCCUGCGUCACAGGGCAACCGGCGCAUUCAUGACGCACUGCGGCUGGAACUCGACACUGGAGGGCAUCACGGCAGGGUUGCCGCUGCUGUGCUGGCCGCUGUACGCGGAGCAGAAGGUGAACAAGGUGCACAUAGUGGAGGGAAUGAAGCUUGGGGUGGAGAUGAGAGGCUACAAUGAAGAGGUGGUUAAGGCUGAGGAGGUGGAGGAGAAGGUCAGAUGGGUUAUGGCGUCCGAGGGAGGCACGGCACUCAGGGUGCGGGUAGCGGCAGUGAAGGAUGCGGCGGCUGAGGCGCUCCAGGAAGGGGGCUCGUCCAACUUGGCGUUUGCCCAAUUCCUAAAAGACGUGGAUGUGAAGCUUGUAAACCUACUUAAUGCUGGAUUUUCUUUUUAGAAACACACUGCAGACGCACAAAACCCAGAGGAUAUUCUUCCAUGCAGAUGUAUAAGCACAUGAUGGGAAUUAACAAUGCUCAUACUUCAUUCAAAGACAUGGAAAACCACCUGCAGAUUGAGACACAAGAUCUCUUUUUGGCUGCUCAUUCAUGAUAAGGUUAAUACCAGAAACCUCCUUCACCGAAAGAUUAUGCACUUGGACAACUAUAACUGUCCAAUCUGUGUGGAUGACACAGAAGAAACUUUGUUGCACCUCUUCUGGAAUUGCCAUUUUGCUCUUCAGUGCUAGGACCGUAUUAUCCCAAAUAGAAACAGAGGAAUCUCAGUGUUUGAUGACAUUCAACUUGCACUACUUCAGCUUCCAUAGGACAUUGCCUUGGACAUUGUUAUCAUGGAAUGCUGGGGUAUCUGGUCGACCAGAAAUGAUAAGAUCUUCAAGUUGCUGCUCCUCACAUUACUGUACUUGCAAGGUGGCCUAUGGGCCGGCCAGAUCAAAGCCAAGCCGGCCAAAGCUGAAAAGAUCCGAAUUUGGGUAGAAUAAAACUUGUAAUUUUUUGA